AUGAAACUUUUUCCAGAUACCAACUUGUCAGCUCUUCUUGUCUUGCUGUAUUGCUUUUGUUUACAGUUUGGCUCUGCCACAGACACCAUCACAGCAGCUAAAUUCAUCAGCGACCCUGAAACCAUAACCUCCAGUGGCGGUGACUUCAAUCUGGGAUUUUUCAGCCCUCCAAAUUCUACCUUUCGCUAUGUUGGGAUAUGGUAUGCUGAAAUUUCUGUGUCUACUGUCAUAUGGGUUGCUAACAGAAACAAGCCACUCAAGAAUUCCUCUGGGAUUCUUACCAUAUCCGAAGACGGCAAUCUUGUAGUAUUAGAUGCACAAAAGAAGGUUCUUUGGUCAUCAAAUUUAACAAAUUCUGUUGUCAAUUCGAGUGCCCAGCUUUUAGAUUCUGGAAACCUUGUUUUGCAAGGAAACACUACAGGGACAUUCUUAUGGGAGAGUUUCCAACAUCCUUCUGAUACAUUCAUGGAAAAUAUGAAAAUUAGUACUAAUGUUACGUCAGGUAAGAAAGUGCAGCUGACAUCAUGGAAAAAUCCUUCUGAUCCAUCCAUUGGAAACUUCUCUGCUGGUAUUGUUGUUCGUAAUCUUCCUGAAUUUUUUAUUUGGAAUGGCAGUAGCACAUAUUGGCGGAGUGGUCCGUGGAACAGCCUGGUUUUUAUCGGAGUACGGGAGAUGAAUUCUGUAUAUCUUAAUGGAUUUAGUCUUGUAGAUGAUCAAGAAGGAACAUUCUAUUUCAGUUAUGCCUUUUCGAACGAGUCUUUCCCAGUAAAUUUUGUCUUGAAUGCGCAAGGAAAUCUACUGCGAAAAUAUUCCAACGAUGGGAAGGAUUGGAAGGUCAGGUGGUCUGCUUUGGAGACUGAAUGCGAUGUUUAUGCCAAGUGUGGGGCAUUUGGAAGCUGUAAUUCACAGAAUUCACCAAUUUGCAGCUGUUUACGGGGGUUUGAGCCAAAGAACACACAAGAAUGGAACAGAGGAAAUUGGACUAGUGGAUGUGUGAGGAGGACACCCUUGCAGUGUGAGAGGAAGAACAAUGGCAGUGAUGGGAGCAAAAAAGAUGGAUUUUUGAAACUGACGAUGAUGAAAGUAUCAGACUUGGAAGAUUGGUCAUCUGCUCUUGAAGAACAAUGUAGAAGCCAAUGCUUGGAGAAUUGUUCUUGUAAUGCAUACGCAUAUGAUUCUGGCAUUGGCUGUAUGCCGUGGACAAGAAGCUUAAUUGACGUUCAGAAAUUCUCGAGUGGCGGAAUUGAUCUUUAUGUUCGUUUGGCCUAUUCAGAACUUGAUAAAGAGGGAAAUGUGAAAGUAAUCGUAAUAGUCACAAUGAUCAUAGGAGUAAUAUUCACUGGCAUCUGCAUUUACUUAUUGCGGCGUUGGAUGGCUAAACAAAAAGCAAGGAAGAAGAAAAUGAAGGAGAUUUUAUUGUUGAACAUGGGUGAAGAUAAGCAUGGAGACAAUGUGAACCAAGCUAAACUCGAAGAGCUACCAAUAUUCAAUCUUCAAGAGUUGGCAAGUGUAACAAACAGCUUCCAUCAAUCAAAUAAGCUCGGGCAAGGUGGAUUUGGUCCUGUAUACAAGGGAAAAUUGUUAGACGGACAAGAAAUUGCAGUAAAAAGACUUUCAAAAGCAUCUGGACAAGGGCUAGAAGAAUUUAUGAAUGAGGUGGUGGUGAUAUCUAAACUCCAACACCGAAAUCUCGUUAGACUCCUUGGUUGCUGUAUUGAAGGGGAAGAAAAGAUGCUGGUCUAUGAAUACAUGGCAAACAAAAGUUUGGACACAUUUGUCUUGGAUUCAGUGAAACAAAAACUACUAGAUUGGAGAAGACGCUUUAACAUUAUUGAAGGAAUCGGUCGAGGUUUGUUGUACCUUCAUAGGGAUUCUAGAUUAAGAAUUAUUCAUAGAGAUCUAAAAGCAAGUAACAUCUUGUUGGAUGAAGAGCUAAAUCCAAAAAUAUCAGAUUUUGGCAUGGCUAGGAUUUUUGGGAUCAACGAGGAUCAGGCCAAUACCACAAGGGUCAUUGGAACAUAUGGUUACAUGUCCCCUGAGUAUGCAAUGGAAGGACGAUUUUCAGAAAAAUCAGAUGUCUUUAGCUUUGGAGUGUUGUUACUCGAGAUAAUUAGUGAAAGAAGAAAUACUAGCUUUUAUGAUGAUGAGCAGGCCAUGAGCCUCCUAGGAUUUGCAUGGAAAAUGUGGAAUGCAGACAACCUUGUGGCCGUAACAGACCCAAUAAUACGUGAACCAUGCUUUGAAAAGGAAAUUUUGAGAUGUAUACAUGUCGGGCUGUUGUGUGUGCAAGAAUUUGCUAAUGAUAGGCCAAGUGUAUCCAUUGUUAUUUCCAUGCUUAAAAGUGAGAUUGUUGAUCUACCUCUUCCAAAGCAACCUGCAUUCACUGAAAGGCAGAUUGCCCCAGAUGCAAGCUCGUCUCAACACAACCCAAGUAAAUGCUCUGUUAACAAUGUUACUGUUACAAUGGUUCAAGGCCGAUAGCUAGCAUGUGUUCUUUGAAAAACCCACUUGGUGGUUAUACGUGUUGAAAGAC